AUGAGCUCCUUUUACCGCCCCUCGACCAAAAACUCGGCUCAGGCCAACUCGGCCAAGCUCACGCGUGCUGAGCGCGAAGCCCUCGAGGAAAAUAAUCUCAACAUUCUUCGCGCAAGCAUCGAGCGCGCACUAUGGUCUCUCGACCCAUCUUGUGACUUGGCCAAGCACUUGCGCAACACCAAAGUCGAGAUCCGCCGACAUUCCUUGUCUUCCCUCCUACACGAAAAGAAACCCCCUCAAGUCCGAGAGGAUUCACCAGACGAUGAGGACGAAGACGAAGACGACAAUGCCCUCCUCCCCGCCGAAGUCUUUGUCCAGAGCUCGCCCUUGCGCCGCGAACUUCCCCGCAGCACGAGAAGCUCGGUCCGUAUGUCGAUGAAACUUCCCGAACGACGUCGCCCAGCACCCCGCGAACAAAUACUACCCAGUAUCGAAAAGACAAGUUCUGAUCAGGCGUCGGAAGCGAUAACGGUGGCGUCGGCAGUUUUUGACUCACCAAACAAAGAACAAAGCGCGACGACGGCUGCGACAAGUGUGAUGGAGGCUGGGGAAGAAACAAAACCCGAGUUUAAGACACCAGCCAAAACACCAGCCAAAAAGAGAGCCGCCGAGGAGGACUACGAGCCAUCGCCUGUUUCCAAAAGAGUAAAGACGUGGUUGGGUACACUGACUGGAGGAUAUAUGGAGUAA